AUGAGUUCGAUUGAUUCUGAAGCGGUGGAUAAAAAUACUGGGUAUAUGGUAGAGGACGACCGCAUGAUUCCUGGUAACGGUUUGUUUCGGUACCCAUCUGAUGAUACGGGAGAGAUAAAUGCGGAGUGUUGGGCUGUUGCGGAGGUAGCUGCUCAACAAGUGUUCCCCUAUGGGUCAAUGCCACUCAAGACGUACUUACCUCAUGGAGAUAUUGACUUGACUGUCAUUAGAAGUCGUGACGAUAAGAAACCUUCGCCCUAUUAUGUUCUUUCUCUUCUAAUGAUGGCAGAGCAAAGUGAAAAUGCUGAGUAUGAAGUUCAGAAUUCACAAUUGAAAAAUGCUCGGGAUAAAAUUGUGAAAUGCUCUGUAGAGGGUAUUGCAGUAGAUAUAUCCUUCAACCAGUUUGGUGGAUUUCGUGCACUUUGUUUCCUGGAGCAGGUCGAUUGCCUCGUUGGGAAAAAUCAUCUCUUCAAACGUAGCAUUAUUCUAGUAAAAGCUUGGUGUUACUAUGGGAGCCAUAUUCUUGGAUCACAACACCGUUUACUUUCUACAUAUGCAUUGGAAACGCUUGUCCUGUGUAUAUUCCAUUCAUCCUUAAAUAGACCUUUAGAGGUUCUCUAUGGAUUUUUGAAAUACUUUAGCCAAUUUGAUUGGAAUACUUGCUGCAUCAGUUUGCAAGGGCCUGUUCGUAUAUCAUCACUUCCUGAUAUAGUGGGUGAGCAAUGCCUUUGGGGCUUAUUUUAGAGAUUAUUUGAAUUCAUCAUCAUUUUUCUGUCUGUCCGUCUUUGACAGCGAGACGCAAUCUCACUUCCCCCUCUCACUAAGUUUUAGCUCUGUCUUUUCUUCUGUUUGCUCUCUGUUAUGUGUUUAUUUUUUCAAUUAAUUAUAGCCUUCUCUUUCCUGAUUUAUUUGCAGUUGAGAUCCCAGAAAAUGAACAGAAGAACCGUAUGCUAAGUGAAGAAUUUUUGAAAAACUGGAAAGAGAAUUUUCAAAUUCAUCUCGGAGCGUUGAGACGAAACCAGAAGAAUUUCAGAAAAUGCAUCUUAAUAGACCCACUGAAGGAAAACAAUAACCUUGGGCGCAGUGUGAGCGCAGGUGCUUUUUCUUGAUUGCUCAAUUUUUUAAAGAUUUUUCAUGCACCGGUGAUAUGCAUUAUUUCGGAGAAAUAAUUUGUUUGCUCAUUAAGUUAUCACAUUUUUUAGUUUUUGGGAGGAUCUACGAGAAAUAGAUAGAUGGUUAUUGGUUUUAUGUUAUUUCAAUUUUAUCAACAAUGUUAGUUCAAGCAAUAAUUGAAGGCACUUCAAGGAAAUGUUGUUUCAGUCUUUUAGAUGAUAAAAGACCAACAAGGGAGGGUAUUUUCUAUUGGGUGAUAUAUAGGCUUGUUCAAACAGUGUCGAUCUUCCUACUUUUUUCUCUUGAGUAAGAAGUCUGAACUCUGCGGAAAUUUUUAAACGGUUUGCUCUAGACAUUUGAAUAUUAAACUAGAAAAAACUUCCUUUGGAAAAAUAGUAAUUUUCAAAGCCAAGCACCUUGACAACCUUUAUCUUUCAUAUGGUAGCAUAUAAUGUUAAUUUUGUCCUUGUCAUAGCUCCUUAUUUGCCCUUAUGAAAGCAGAAAUUUUCUAAGUUAAUUCUUGCUAAAGAUACACUUACUUUCUCAUCUUUUAGGUAGGUGUAAGUUAUAGGAGAUUUCUUCAUUUAAUAUGUUAUAGCUAUAACAUCAUAUGUCAUGUGAUCAAUGAACAAUAGAAUACUGUAGGUAUCACAGUCUCUUACCAUUAUUAAUAGUUUCAUUAUAGGAGAUUUCUUCAUUUAAUAUGUUAUAGCUAUAACGUCAUAUGUCAUGCGAUCAAUGAACUAUAGAAUACUAAAGGUAUCACAGUCUCUUACCAUUAUUAAUAGUUUCAACAAUAUUUCUGGUAGCAUGGAGGAACGCAAGCAUAGUUUAAAGAAUGUGUUUCACUUGUAUCUUUAGCAAGAAUUAACUUAGAAAAUUUCUGCUUUCAUAAGGGCAAAUAAGGAGCUAUGACAAGGACAAAAUUAACAUUAUAUGCUACCAUAUGAAAGGGAAAGGUUGUCAAGGUGCUUGGCUUUGAAAAUUACUGUUUUUCCAAAGGAAGUUUUUUCUAGUUUAAUAUUCAAAUGUCUAGAGCAAACUGUUUAAAAAUUUCCGCAGAGUUCAGACUUCUUACUCAAGAGAAAAAAGUAGGAAGAUCGACACUGUUUGAACAAGCCUAUAUAUCACCCAAUAGAAAAUACCCUCCCUUGUUGGUCUUUUAUCAUCUAAAAGACUGAAACAACAUUUCCUUGAAGUGCCUUCAAUUAUUGCUUGAACUAACAUUGUUGAUAAAACUGAAAUAACAUAAAACCAAUAACCAUCUAUCUAUUUCUCGUAGAUCCUCCCAAAAACUAAAAAAUGUGAUAACUUAAUGAGCAAACAAAUUAUUUCUCCCAAAUAAUGCAUAUCACCGGUGCAUGAAAAAUCUUUAAAAAAUUGAGCAAUCAAGAAAAAGCACCUGUGCUCACACUGCGCCCAAGGUUAUUGUUUUCCUUCAGUGGGUCUAUUAAGAUGCAUUUUCUGAAAUUCUUCUGGUUUCGUCUCAACGCUCCGAGAUGAAUUUGAAAAUUCUCUUUCCAAUUUUUCAAAAAUUCUUCACUUAGCAUACGGUUCUUCUGUUCAUUUUCUGGGAUCUC